AUGGCUUCUUGUAUGAAAGCUGGUUUUUCUGGGUCCAGCAAUGUUAUCAUCAGCCAUGGAGGCAAAGAGCCUUCUAGGGUUUGCUCUUCAGUUGGGCAUCUGCAGUUUAAGGACUCAAAUUCAAAAUCUUUAUGGGGCAAAACUCUUGAUUCUCCAGAUUUGAGAAGUGUUGCCAAUUUUAGUAUUAGGGCACCAAAAUUAGACCCUGUUAAUGCACAAGCUUCAACUUUUUUCAGCAAAGCUUUGAGAUGGUGGGAAAAAUCUCUGCAGCCAAACAUGAUUGAGAUUAAUUCAGCUCUUGAUUUAGUAGAUUAUUUGUCUAAUUCUGGGGAUAAAUUGGUUGUGGUUGACUUUUAUUCACCUGGCUGUGGUGGUUGCAAGGCUUUGCACCCAAAGAUCUGUCAACUUGCUGAAAUGAACCCAGAUUCAAUGUUUCUCAAGGUUAAUUAUGAGAAGCACAAGGCCAUGUGUUAUGCCCUUCAUGUUCAUGUUUUGCCCUUCUUCAGAUUCUACAGAGGUGCUCAGGGAAAAGUCUGUAGCUUUAGCUGCACAAAUGCCACUAUCAAGAAAUUUAAGGAUGCAUUAGCUAAAUACGGGGCCGCCGAACGGUGUAAUCUUGGCCCGGCAAAGGGAUUGGAUGAAUCAGAGCUGUUGGCAUUGGCUUCAAUUGGUCAGAUAUCUGAAGAUUUGCUAGUAGCCAAGCUAAGAAGAAAGGAAGAGAAAUCAGAAGAUUUGGUUCUCAAUGGAAGUGCUCAAUCUGAUUAUGGGAAUGCUAUGUUGGCAGCUUAA